AUGGCCUCCGAGACCCCCUCUGAACAGUCUCUUCUCAGAGGUGGAGUGGAAAGAGGAGCCCGGCAGCUUCCUCAGGUAGCGAAAGAGCAACGGGAGCAGGGAGGAGGGAAGAGGCACAGAUGGGACCACCCAGCCUCCCUCUGUGUUGAGUGGGGAUGAUGGGGAUCUAAGAGAAGCUCUGUUUUCUUCCUCUUCUUCUUCCAGGCCCUCUUGACCUUUUUGGAGGUGGCUGUGUUUUUCACGGGGGAAGAGUGGGUUCUGCUGGAUCCAGGCCAAAGAGCUCUGUACAAGGAAGUCAUGGAGGAGAAUUAUGAGACGGCGGCCUCUCUAGGUGAGGGUACAUUUUUAUUCCUCUUGGCUGUUAGACGUUGGAAGUGUGAAACUGCUGUUUGAGCCAUUUAUUCAUGGCGUGACUUCUUCUUUGGCGAAUCCUUGUAGUCAAGUCUUCUAUGAACACGGUCUUAAUGGUGUGUCCGUAAGUGACUGUGGAGUCCAAUUCUGGAUCCAUACAUCCUUCCACAGUGGGGACAUGGGUUUCUGGGCGGGAGUUAAUCACAGUUAAGUUUUGCCAAACAUUCUUUCCUCUUAGCUUGUUUCUCCCUUUUGGCCUGAGCUUGUGUUUCUUCAAAGUCCAUGAAGCCUUUGGUAAAGGCUGUUUUCCAGUUGGCACUCUUGCAGGCCAGUGUUCUCUAUGCCUAUACUUCAUUUUUUUAGAUUUGCCUUGAGAGUAUAUUGAAGCCUCUUUUGUUGUCCGGUGUAUCAAUUUCCAUUCUUAAGUUGGGAAUAGAGUAGUUGCUUUUGAAGAUGAUAAUCAGGCAUCCGAACAACAUGACCAGCCCAGCGAAGUUGAUGUUGAAGAUUGUAGUUUAUCACAACGCUGUACUUUUGUCAGUAGGUAACUCUUCAUAAGCUGAUAUUGUGGUAUGAAUUCCCAAAAAAACAACUAAAAAGGGAAACUCUACAAAGAGACUCACGCGUUAAUAAUGGUGGUAUGAGGUUUCCUGGUCCACAUCAUUUCUUAGCUUUUAAUGGGCCAGCAGAUACUUUAUUGUCUUUGCUUCAAAAGAUUAAUAUUUUUGUAUAUUUUUAGAGUCAUAUGAAGUAAUAUCUGUGGUUGCAAACCAUCCUCAGGUUAAGAACUGUUUUGAGUUGAGAACGGACCUCUGGAACGAAUUAAGUUCAUAACCAGAUGUACCACUGUAUUACCACGAACUCCUAUCUCUUGUGGGGGCGCAAUCAGUGACAACGCCUUCUGUCAAGAGUUUGGGUGUAAUCCUUGAUGCCUCUCUUGCUAUGGAAGCACAGGUUGAAGCUACAACAAAGGUGGCAUUUUUCCAUCUCCGCCAAGCUAAGCAGUUGGUCCCUUACUUCUCUUGCCCUGAUCUCGCCACUGUGAUCCAUGCGACAGUCACCUCCAGGCUUGCUCUACGUGGGGCUGCCCUUGAAGCUGACCCUGAAACUCCAGCGGGUCCAGAAUGCUGUGACAAGUCUCCUUACGGGGUCCUCACCGCGGGAUCACAUUCAUCCAGUGCUAUAACAGCUGCACUGGCUCCCAGUGGAGUACAGGAUCAUGUUUAAGGUGCUGGUUUUAACCUUUAAAGCCCUAUAGGCCCUAGAGGGCCUAGGACCCUACCUAAGGGACCACCUCUCCUGGUAUGCCCCACGGAGGACCUUACAGUCUGCAAAUAGUAACAUCCUGGAGAUCCUGGGCCUCAGGGAGAUUAGGCUGGCCAGGACCAGGGCCAAGGCCUUUUCGGCCUUGGCUCCAGUCUGGUGAAACGCUAUGCCACAGGAGAUCAGGGCCCUGUGAGAUUUGACAUCUUUCUGCAGGGCCUGUAAGACAGAGUUGUUCCGCCAGGCCUUUGAUCAGGAUUCAGCCUGACUCUCCUUCUCUUUUUGUAUAAGAACUAGUACAAAAGAGGCUUCUCAGCAUUCUCACAGGCCCAUAUAAGAUCAGCGUACACAGUUGGGCCUGAUGAGCAUUUACUGUUCCCAACGCUAACCCUCUGGAAAGCCAUCGAAUUGGAAAUUAUUUUGAUUCUGACCUGUUUUUAGGACAUAAUAUAAUUAUUGUUUGAUUUUAUAUCAAUGUUAUAUAUUUGAUGUUAGCCGCCCUGAGCCCAGUCUCAGCUGAGGAGGGCGGGAUACAAAUAAAAGUUUAUUAUUAUUAUUAUUAUUGUUAUUAUUAUUAUUAUUACUACUACUACUAAUACAGCACUUAUGUUUUACAUAGUCCACAUAGGAGAGACUCUGAUAUUCAAGUCUGAGCACAUCUCGCUUGGAACAGAAAAUUACAGGGAUGUUGUCCUGGACCAAUUGAGAGGUACAUACUUCCACUUUGCUGUGAGACUGUAACUUUCUAUGUCUCCUUUCAGUGUGUAGGAAUACAAAAAGAUCCCUUUUGGAUCAGAACAAGGGCCCAUCUUUUCCAGCAUCCUGGUGCAGGUUUAGGUGAUGUGAACAGUUUCCUGGAAUGUGUCAGCCAGAUAUUACAGAUCAGGGAGGAAGGAGAAAACUGAAUACAGAGUCGUAGCAAUUUCACAAGAGGUGUAAGAUGGAGAAAGUGUGUCCCUCCAGAGGUUGCCGUACUACAACUCCCAUCAUCCCUGGUCAUUGGCCAUCUUUACUUGGGUUGACGCUACUUAGAGUCCAACCACAUCUGGAGGGUCAUAGAUGCCUCACCUCAGCAUAGAAGGUUUCUCUUGGUGCUCAUUGUUACAUGGGGGAGUUGAAGGUAGAACUGGAUACUAAGGGUUCUUGAGACUAUUUUCAGAUUUCCUUUCCUUUCCUAAAAAUUUGGUACAUAGUAGAGGGAGGAACGCUGGAGGUGUUAAAAUAAGAGUAGGCGCUGAUUGGUCUUGCUGUGUCUUAAGUUCUCUGGUUCUCUUCCUUGAAGACCUAACAAUAUUUUCUUAUCGCCCACGUUAAACCAGGUGAUGCAGAAGGCAAUCAGAAUUUUGAGGAGCCAUCUGUAAAUUACUUCAGUGUGAGUCAACACCUUAGCACACAUCUACAAACUAACACAGAGGAGAAACCAUUUAAAUGUGUGGAGUGUGGAAAGUGCUUCAGACGGAAUGGAACUCUUACAACACAUCUACGAAUUCAUACAGGGGAGAAACCCUUUAAAUGUACGGAGUGUGGAAAGAGCUUCCGUCACAGUGUAUCUCUCACAAAACACCAACAAAUUCACACAGGGGAGAAACCCUUUAAAUGUAUUGUGUGUGGAAGGAGCUUCAGACAGUGUUCACACCUUAUUAAACAUCAACGAACUCACACAGGGGAGAAACCAUUUAAAUGUAUGGAGUGUGGAAAGAGCUUCAGUCACAGUGGAGAUCUUAAAAGACAUCUACAGACUCACACAGGGGAGAAACCAUUUAAAUGUAUGGAGUGUGGGAAGAGCUUCAGUGAAAAUGGAAAACUUAACAUACAUAUACGAACUCAUACAGGCGAAAAACCAUUUAACUGUAUGGAGUGUGGGAAGAGCUUCAGUGAAAGCGGAAAUCUUAGCGUUCAUCAACGAACUCACACAGGUGAGAAACCAUUUAAAUGUAUGGAGUGUGGGAAGUGCUUCAGUGAGAAUGGAACUCUUACAAGACAUCAGAGAACUCACACAGGGGAGAAACCAUAUAAAUGUGUGGAGUGUGGAAUGUGCUUCAUUUGUAGUUCGAGACUUACUGUGCACCAGCAAAGUCAUACCGGGGAGAAACCAUUUAAAUGUUUGGAGUGUGGCAAGUGUUUCCUUCAGUGCUCACACCUUACUAUACAUCAACGAUAUCACACAGGAGAGAAACCCUUUAAAUGUAUUGAGUGUGGAAGGAGCUUCAGACAGUGUUCACACCUUACUAGACAUCAACGAACUCACACAGGGGAGAAACCAUUUAAAUGUAUGGAAUGUGGGAAGAGCUUCAGUCACAGUGGAGGUCUUACAACACAUCUACAGACUCACACAGGGGAGAAACCAUUUAAAUGUAUGGAGUGUGGGAAGAGCUUCAGUGAAAAUGGAAAACUUACCAUACAUGUACGGACUCAUACAGGGGAAAAACCAUUUAAAUGUAUGGAGUGUGGAAAGAGCUUCAGUGAAAGCGGAAAUCUUACCGUACAUCAACGAAUUCACACUGGGGUGAAACCGUUUAAAUGUGAGGAGUGUGGGCAGAGCUUCAGUCGGAAUGGAACUCUUACAACACAUUUACGAAUUCAUACGGGGGAGAAACCAUAUAAAUGUAUGGAGUGUGGGCAGAGCUUCAGUGACAAUGGAUACCUUACUGUACAUCAACGAUCUCAUACAGGGAAGAAACCAUUUAGAUGUAUGGAGUGUGGGAAGUGCUUCAGUCACAGUGGAAACUUGAGACAACAUCAGCGAAUUCACACAGGGGAGAACCCAUAUAAAUGUAUGGAGUGUGGAAAGAGCUUCACUGAGAGUGGAACACUUAGAAAGCAUCAACAGACUCACACAGGGGAGAAACCAUAUAAAUGUAUUGAAUGUGGAAAGAGCUUCAUCUGUAGUGGGACACUUAGAAAUCAUCAACGGACUCACACAAGGGAGUAA